UUUUAGAUCCAACAUUGAAUACUAAAGAAAAAAAGAAAAAAAAGAAGGUGAAAGGUGUGGAGAAAUGGCUAAGAAGAGAUGAGGGGUUUUUGAGUCGAUAAGCAUCUAUGGAAUCAAAAUUUAAAUUUUAAAUUUUAAAUUAGUAUGAUAAUAAUUUAACAAAAUAUAGUAAUGGAGUGCGGUCAAAUAAUAUGAAUGAGGUGGAAAAAUGAAUAAGACCAAGUCGUAGAAUGUGGUGUUGAAAUUUAUAACAAUCAACUACGACGACGAGUGUUGAUUGAAAAUUAAGAAGAAAAAAAAAAGAAAGAAAUAAGAAGAAAGCAGCAUUCGUAUAUUAAUUUGAGUCAAGUCAAACAAGUUUUCACAGCAAAGAAACAAGGCUGAUUGAAGAAGAAAAAGAAAUAAAAGCUGCAAAUAGAUCUGUAUGCUAUGCGUUUGUCUGCUUUGUGAGGAUACCUUUUCCGAAUUUUGCAGAUAUAGGAAGGAGAUUGAUAAUAUGGGAGUUUGUUUCAGUUCUAAUAAUCACACCCCAUCUACUACUGCCCAUUUCAGCUCAGGCAUAUCACAGACGACGAGCAACACGACAUCCUCAACUGUAAGCAACGUCUCCGGGAAUAGCCAAUUCUCAGCAGCCAGCGGAGUUGAUGGGGUUUAUCCAAAUGGGGGACAGGGCCAGAUAUUACCGCAUCCUAAUUUAAGGAUUUUUUCUUUUACGGAACUCAAGACCGCUACAAGAAAUUUUAGAAGUGAUACCGUCCUCGGAGAAGGCGGUUUUGGCAAAGUUUACAAGGGUUGGCUUGAUGAGAGGCCUUCAUCCAGGACUGCUAGUGGCACUGUCAUUGCUGUUAAGAAAUUGAAUUCUGAAAGCUUACAAGGACUUGAAGAGUGGCAGUGUGAGGUGAAUUUUCUUGGAACACUUUCACAUCCUAACCUGGUCAAACUCUUGGGAUACUGCUGGGAAGAUAAAGAACUAUUGCUUGUCUAUGAGUUUAUGCAAAAGGGCAGCUUGGAGAACCAUCUUUUUGGAAGGGGCUCUGCUGUUCAACCACUUCCAUGGAAUAUAAGACUUCAAAUUGUGAUUGGCGCAGCCCGAGGCUUGGCAUUCCUACAUGCAUCAGAGAAGCAAGUCAUAUACAGAGACUUCAAGGCCUCAAAUAUAUUACUUGAUGGCUCUUACAAUGCAAAGAUAUCAGAUUUUGGCUUGGCAAAACUCGGUCCUUCGGCUAGUCAAUCACAUGUGACAACACGGGUAAUGGGAACAUAUGGUUAUGCUGCUCCUGAGUAUGUUCAAACAGGACACUUGUACGUGAAAAGCGAUGUCUAUGGUUUUGGUGUUGUAUUGGUGGAAAUACUAACAGGUCUACGGGCACUAGACCCAAACCGCCCAAGCAACCAACAUAAUCUGGUUGAGUGGAUUAAGCCACAUUUAUCUGAUAGAAGGAAGUUAAAGGACAAGAUGGAUUCGCGGCUGGAAGGAAAAUAUCCAUCAAGAGCUGCAGUUCAAAUAGCACAACUGGCACUGUCAUGUCUUGGACCUGAACCUAAAACCAGACCAGGAAUGAAAGAAGUAGUGGAGAAACUAGAACAGAUUGAGGCAGCCAAUGAAAGACCCAAGGAGCCUAGAAUAACUUCCAGACAUCAGACUUCUUAUAGAUAUGGUCAGCAACCUUUGCACCAUCGUUCUCCACUUCAUCCAAGGAACGAUGUAAAUCGAGCGUAUCCACUCCCAAGAAGAGCAUCAUGAAUAUGAUAAAAUUUUACUAUAUAGCUAUGUUAACUUAGUUGUCCAAAUACAAAUGUUGUUUGUUGCCUGACGUCUGAUCAAGUGUUAAGGCUCUGUAUGGCAUUGGGUUGUGCUUGUUUCGGUGAUAUAUAUGUAAAGAGUUGAUUAUUUUGUACAUUGAAGGAGAUUCAAGAUUUCUCA